ACUGCAGCCUUUAUAUACUGCUGCUAAAUUUAGGCUCCAGUCUCUGCUCAGCCUCCCCAUCCUGAACGAGUUUCCUCCUCUCUCUGCAAUUGGUUUAGUGUGUGCCCCCCGUGCCUUUAUUUAUAAUCUAGGCCACCUCUCAGCAGCAAGGAAAACUUAUUUUUUGGUAUUGCACUUAACUUGAUGCAUCUCUCCGCUGAGCGGAUCAGAAAAGUUUAACUACUAUUUAAUUGCAUUUUUCUCCGGUUUAAUUAUUUUUUUUUCUGCUUUUGCUGGCAAACCUGACCCGGAUUUAGGGAAUCCUCAGAGAUGGCUCUCACGGAGUCCAUUCUCCCUUCAUUUUCUACUUUUGCUAACCAAAGAGAGAAGUUUUUUCAGCAAGAAAAGUGGAAGUGUGAUUAUGAGUCAAAUUCCCCACAUGACAGCUGUAUUAUCGCAGAGGUAAUGCAGAGCCUUGACCCCUUCGCAAGCAAGAAGGAAGAUGAAGACUUGAACAAUGUUCUGGAAUUUGUGUUGUCUAUGGGAGAAAAGAAUACUCACAGCUGUGCUGAAUAUUCUUUGGCGUCACCUGAAACCUGCACUUACUAUCAAACUAGCCAUUCUCCAGGGUGCUACAGUACAGACCAUAGCCCUCCUCCAUACAACUCAACUGGACCCAUGACUGAGCUGAUGAGAUCUGACAUGGACAACUACUGCCACCCAAACAAUGCUCAGGGAAGGUUCUUUGUAUCCCAGACCUUUGAUUUUCCAGAUACAAUCAAGGCAGAACCUGGCAUAGACUCUUAUGGACCAAUAAUGGGCAUGGUGCCCCAGUCCUGUUCAAAGAUUAAGCAGGAAGGCAGUGCUGCAUGUAUGAUGGCAUAUGACCAACCUAGACUAGCUAACUCUCCACAGAUGGCAGGCAUUGAAACACCUCCUUUGAGCCCUGAUGAAAUGAUUUUAAAUGAGUGUCAGACACAGUUGUUGUGCCACUCUACAAUGCCAUACCCCCAUGGCUAUCACACAGCCUCAGGUUUCCAUCACCAGCCUCCCAUCCAGUACCAAAGUAGUUCGCAGUAUGGCAUGUUUGAGGACAGUUUAAACAUGCAGCCUUCAGCUCCCAGGGGUGUGAUAACUCCUCCAGGUUCUCCUUUGGAAAUUAUGGAUACCAAACCCAAAAGAGGGCGCAGGUCUUGGCCCAGAAAGAGGACUGCAACGCAUACCUGCUCAUAUGCUGGCUGUGGCAAAACUUACACAAAAAGCUCACACCUGAAGGCACAUCUUAGAACGCAUACAGGGGAAAAGCCUUAUCACUGCAAUUGGGAAGGUUGUGGUUGGAAAUUUGCCCGAUCUGAUGAACUCACGCGUCAUUUUCGUAAACACACUGGUCAUCGGCCCUUCCAGUGUCACCUGUGUGACCGUGCUUUCUCUCGAUCAGACCAUCUUGCUCUACAUAUGAAGAGGCACAUGUAAAAACCCGAACUUUUUCCUUCUAAGAAAAGGAAUACGUUUGUAGGUUUCCUGCAUCCUGUGGUGUCCACACAAACUGCUACUGGCCUCUGGGCCUCCCACUCAAUGGGUCACAAUGUAGCUGGUACUGCAUGGGGUGAGAUGUUCUUUUCUUCACUCCAGUGGACCUCACAGCAAAUAACUUGACUUAAAGGCUGGACCUGUAACUUCAAACUCGUGCAUUAAACUGGAAUACCUCUGGAUGUCAGAGGGUUAUUAGGAUAUGUCUGUAACUUUUUUUUUUUUUUUUUUUUAUUAUAACCUUUUGAGUGUCAUGAGAUGGGACCAUAUUGCCAAGUUAUGAAUUUCCUUUCUCUUAGACCAGCAAUGGCCCACUUUGGCACUGUGUAUGUUGAAAUUUAAUUUUGCAAUGGCCAGGUUAGCCAUCCCUGACACUCAAAAGUUCUUGUUAACCUUUGCUCGCUUUGUUGGCAGCAAAAAGAAUCUUACAAGGGCAUUGAUAUUUUGGGGUAAGAGUAUCUUCAUCCAUUUUCUACGAACCUCUCCCAAUUUGUAUUGGGUUAUAGCAUCUAUUUAGUCCAAGCUGAUAGCUAUAAGCAUCCAGUGAUAAUUGCAAUGCAGAAUAUGGGAGAACUGCACUGUAGGUAUGGUGGUAGACCUGGGAAAGGUCUACUAUAUAAGUGGAAAAGUAUUGAUACUCUACAUGACUGCUACAGCAUGUACAUUUGUUUUUCUACAUUUCCUUGGUUAUAAUCAAAUUGUAACUGCCUAUGCCAAAGCAUCUAGGACAAUGUUUAUAUGAAACUGCCUUAUUACCUUUUUUGAUGGGAUGAAUAUCCUGAAACUAGUUUGUUUUUGUUCUAUACAUUGCAUAAAGAACACUUUUUUUGCAUUCCCUGCCAAAAUAUAGUUUUAUAUAAACGAUGAGUUUGUCACUUUACACUAUAUGAAACAACAGGGCUAGAAGUCCUGCAAGAAGUUACCUUUUUAUAUAUAAUAUAUUUAUGUAAUUAUAUAUUUGUAAAUGUUUUGUACAAUGAAUGUAUAGUGUAAAUAGACCAAUGACGACAAAUUGCCAAAUGGCAUAUUGCUGUUUUUCUUUUGUUUU